CCUCGCUACCCCUACCCUGGCUUCGCGCCUGCAGCUGCCGCAGUCUUUUUAGAUUAAUCGGUCCCAUCUCCCGUCCUUCUAAUUCGGCCCUGGCCUUACUCGUAUCUCAACAGAGGACCGCGGACUUCAUUUCCGCCACCACCCCUACUUCCGGAAUCUCCGGAAGCGGCCCGUUGCCACGGCGACUGUGUACACAGCCCGGCAGCCGAGCUUGCCGGGUUUCUGUAGCUGCUAAUGCAGUGGUCGGGCUGCGGAAGGGCUCCAGCCUCCGGAGCGCUGGAAUGGGUACUAGGAAAAGAGUUCAUGCGUUUGUCCGUGUCAAACCUACUGAUGACUUUGCUCAUGAAAUGAUCAAAUAUGGAGGUGACAACAAAACCAUUGAUAUUCACUUAAAAAAAGAUACUCGGAGAGGAGUUGUCAAUAACCAGCAGACAGACUGGUCAUUCAAGCUGGAUGGAGUUCUCCAUGAUGCCUCCCAGGACUUGGUUUAUGAGACAGUCGCAAAGGAUGUGGUUUCUCAAGCCCUCAAUGGCUAUAAUGGCACCAUCAUGUGUUAUGGGCAGACGGGAGCUGGCAAGACAUACACCAUGACGGGGGCAACUGAGAAUUACAAGCACCGGGGGAUCCUCCCUCGUGCCCUACAACAGGUUUUUAAGAUGAUCGAAGAAUGCCCCACACAGGCCAUCACUGUGCGUGUUUCCUACCUGGAAAUCUAUAAUGAGAGCCUGUUUGAUCUCCUGUCCACUCUGCCUUACGCUGAACCCUCGGUCACACCUAUGACCAUCGUGGAAAGUCCUCAGGGGGUCUUCAUUAAGGGCUUGUCGGUCCACCUCACAAGUCAGGAGGAGGAUGCGUUCAGCCUCCUUUUUGAGGGAGAGACCAACAGGAUUAUAGCCUCCCACACAAUGAACAAGAACUCAUCUAGGUCACACUGCAUUUUCACAAUCUACGUGGAGGCCCAUUCGCGGACCUUAUCAGACGAAAAGUACAUCACUUCCAAAAUUAACUUGGUGGAUCUAGCAGGCUCGGAGAGGCUGGGGAAGUCUGGGUCUGAGGGCCGAGUCCUGAAGGAAGCCACCUACAUCAACAAGUCGCUGUCAUUCCUGGAGCAGGCCAUCAUUGCCCUCGGGGACCAGAAGCGAGACCACAUCCCCUUCCGGCAGUGCAAGCUCACCCACGCCCUGAAGGAUUCCUUAGGGGGAAAUUGCAAUAUGGUCCUUGUGACAAACAUCUAUGGAGAAGCCGCCCAGUUAGAAGAGACGCUGUCUUCACUGCGGUUUGCCAGCAGGAUGAAGCUGGUCACCACUGAGCCUGCCAUCAAUGAAAAGUAUGACGCUGAGCGGAUGGUCAAGAACCUGGAGAAGGAGCUGGCACUGCUCAAGCAGGAACUAGCUAUCCAUGACAGCCUGGCCAACCGUACCCUUGUGAACUAUGACCCCAUGGAUGAAAUUCAGAUUGCCGAGAUCAACUCCCAGGUGCGGAGGUACCUGGAGGGAACGCUGGACGAGAUUGACAUAAUCAACCUCAGACAGAUCCAGGAGGUGUUCAACCAGUUCCGGGUGGUUCUGAGCCAACAGGAACAGGAAGUGGAGUCCGCUUUGCGCAGGAAGUACACCCUCAUAGACAAGAAUGACUUCUCAGCCAUCUCUGCUGUCCAGAAGGCAGGGCUCGUGGACGUUGACGGCCACCUAGUGGGCGAGCCUGACGGACAAGGCUUCGGACUCGGAGUCGCCCCUUCCUCUACCAGACCCGGGAAGAAAUCCAAGUCCAAGAAGAUGUUCAAAGAGCAGCUCAGCUCCUUGGCAAGAAAGGAGGGUGCCAGAAGCCCUGUGAGUGGCAAGGACUUGGAUGCUUCCACCUCCAAGACCCAGUUGACCCCAUCCUCCAAGGAUGGAGAUGUCAAAGACAUGCUUCUGCAGGACCGGGAGACCUCCAGUAUUGAGCCCCUUGCCUCGGAAUCCCCAAAGGAGGAAUUACACCCACCCAGGCCCAGCACCCCACCCGCCAAGCCUGUGGCCUUUGAGGACUUUAAGAACGAACGGGGUAGUGAGAUCAACCGCAUCUUCAAAGAAAACAAAUCCAUUUUGAACGAGCGGAGGAAAAGGGCCAGCGAGACCACACAGCGCAUCAAUGCCAUCAAGCGGGAGAUUGACAUGACCAAGGAGGCACUAAAUUUCCAUAAGUCACUACGAGAGAAGCAAGGCGAGUAUGAGAACAAGGGGCUGAUGAUCAUUGAUGAGGAGGAAUUCCUGCUAAUCUUGAAGCUUAAAGACCUCAAGAAGCAGUACCGGACAGAGUAUCAGGACCUACAGGACCUCAGGGCUGAGAUCCAGUACUGCCAGCACCUGGUGGAUCAGUGUCGACAUCGCCUGCUCACGGAAUUUGACAUCUGGUACAAUGAGUCCUUCUUUGUCCCUGAGGACCUGCAGGUGGCACUGAAGCCAGGUGACAGCAUCCGGCCAGGCAUGAUGCCUCUCAGCAGGAUUUUGUCUCUGGGAGAAGAUGACCAGGACAGGUUCAGCCGGCUGCAGCAGACGAUGCUGCCAGAGGGCCCUGAUUCCGUCUCCUUCUACAAUGCCAAAGUCAAGACAGAACAGAAGCACAAUUAUUUGAAAACCAUGAUGGGCCUCCAGCAGACACAUAGAAAAUAGGGACUCACUGCCAGUGCGUUGAAGGACGAAACCCCCAGCUACUCCUGCCUGCUCUAGAGGCACUGCCAAAGCACCUGCCCAGACUCCAAUCCCUCUGCUCCAAGGCUGGGCGCAGCUCAGAGAACACAAUGGCCUACCUGCCAGGAGGAACAGCCUUCAAAGGACACCUUCGAAUAUCUUCACAGAACACUUUUGGUUUCGAUUCACUGUCUUAUAUGCAGGGACAGGAUAAAAUAACUUUCUAGUUCAGCUUUCGGCGCUCAUCCAAGAACUUUAUUUUAUUUCCUAUCUGGGAGGAUGUCUUCCCUGUGUACAGGUGGGGUCCUAACUGAGUCUCCAGUAAGAAAGUGAAGAAGUAGCUCAGCCAGUCUCCCUCUGGCAGGCCUUUGUCCCACUGGUCAGCCUCUUUCCUUUCCUGGAUGGCCAUCCUGGGGAUGAGCUGGGUCCGAGGAGCCCUGGUUCUCAUGGGUGAGACUGUAGGUUCUCUCAGGGAAUCCUCUCUGUGUUCCUGAGCCAGUGAAGGCAGGAGGCGCUUCUUCCUCAGCAACCAGGAGAGGAUGGGGUGUAGGUGGAAAUGACUGAAAGGCAGAUUUUUACCUCAAAAUAAGAAGAGGCUUAAAAUGAGAUCAUUCCUACCAUGAAGUUAGCAGUGAGAACCCCAUGGUGGGAGGCUGUCUGGCACGGAGAUUGCAGAACCUGCACUAGCUGGAAGGUUGAACUAAAUGGCGUCUUUCCAAUCAAAGACCCUAUGGUUCUGUUCUUCAGCCCAUCAGUGAGCAGCCAGAUGGGGGGUUUUGUUGAAGAAAGAAAGCUGAAGGCUUUCCUUAAGGUCUCUGCCCUCUCUCCUAUCCACCCCCUUUCUCUUUCACUGACUGGCAGAUACACAAUGGUCCUGAAACAGCUUUCAGAGACUCCUUCUAUGCCAAGGCUUCCCGGAGCAGCUUUGGAGUCCCCUGACUUCAUUCCCCUGGAUGAUACACGGGGGGCUGUCACUGAUCAGCACUUAUGGUGUACACACAGCCUUGUUGGUCAGUCCUCAUGUUUCCUUUAAAUGUGGCCAAACAGGCAGAUAGGUCCAGGCUCUGCUCAUCAUCCCAGCUGAUGAGUUGGAGGCCUUAGAGAGUUCAGAUUCUUUCCCUUCUUGGCUGCCCUUGCCCUUACCAGGACUUGUUUGGGGUUCCCACGUCUUUGGAGCAGCUCAGGAAAUAGAACAUAGUAAACAGGGGUACAUCAUCCUGCUGAAGCCACAGGAAGCAGCCAUUUGUGGUAUAACCAGUCCCCCUUCCCUUCAUUCCCUGUCACUGGCUAGAAUGGCAUGUGGCAUGCUGGACGUCCCUGCACAGAAUUCCUGGACAGCCAGUCCUGGGGCCCACAGGGCAGGGCAGGCUGGGCCUCUGUCAUGGCAGUUGGUCCCAUUUGUCUCUAGCUCAUUCAUCACCACAUACGCCUCGGUCAGUUCUGGCACAAACUGAAACAAGUAAUCAUCAGCGUGGGCAGAGCCACAGGAAUAAGCCAAACGGUGCUCUGUAGAUCACCCUCCAUGCAAACUCCUCCCAGGAGCAGAUGCUUCCAACAUGACAGGGAGCUGGGGGGCAUGAUGUCCACUCAAAUAUGCCUGUUGUUCUAGAAAAUAAUUCCUGCUGAGCUAAUCUGACCAUCACAAUCACCCCUAAAGGGACUUCCAAUUCCAUCAAUGUGACAGAUAAGGUAACCUGAAAACACUCUGGCUACAAACAGAGAUACUGUCUAAAGUAUAACAUUCUUUUAAAUGCAAAGCUAAAUUUGCAGGAAAGAAAGGGAACUGCCAGGAGCUGGAGAAUUGAAAACCAGAGUGGUCAGUGUGUGAACCGGCUGUGGCUGGUAGAAGGUGUGUGAGCGGAUGGUUGCUCUUGAGUGUUAAUGCCCAUGUAAGUGUGAGAAAUAAGACUAUGGCCCAUGCCUCAUAGGAAGAUGGAAAUGGGACCCCUUGCAUAAAGGUAGCACCUGAUGAGGAGGUGAGCUAAAAAAAUUUCCCCACUGACAUGGAGAAAUAACAAGGAAACUAUCCCCAGGGAUGAGGGAGAACAGGUCCUGUGAGAAUUUGCAACCCUGCACAGGUUUGGGAUUCAAAUUUACACUGUGUGGUCCAGGAACCACCAGGCUGAAGAAUUAGCAUAAAAAUUAGCCCAAGGCUUCAAUAAAACUGGAGAUCUAAAUGUUUGUUUUUAGACAGAAAAAAAAUAUUUUCCCAAGGUUGAAACACCUAGUAGAAUCAAAUUUAAAAAUCUGGUGUUCAGGCCCUUUAUCCAGCUACACAGCAUUCCCACAAAGCCCUAGUAAACAUGAGCUCCAAAGAUUAAACACACACACAGACACACACAUGCACAUGCAUGCACAUGUGUGCACAUGUGGCAUACAUGGAAACAAUGUAUCAUGAUGGAGGCACAGUGUAAACAGAAUCAGAGUUAUAAGAACUUCGGAUCACAAAUUACUGGAUAAAGAUUAUACAAUAUAUAUGUUAUGUUUUAAAUAAAGACAAAGUAUGUGUCAAACAUAUGAUAAAGGCUACUAAAAUAGAGUGCAUAUUUUUUUAAAAAGAAUUUCUAGGAAUGAAGAAAAUGUAGUUCUAAAAGUUAAAAUGACAGACUAGAAACAGUGAAAGAGGGAAUUAAUGACCUGGAUGUUGGAUCUGAAGAAACUGCUGGGACUUGUAGCGUAGAGGGAGGAAGAGAAAGAAAAUUGAAAGCACGGAUAAGAGUCAUGGUGGAGAGAAUGAGAAGAUUUAGGAAACAUCUAAUCACAGAUCCAGAGGAGAUAAUAGGGAGAUCACUCUCUUGGUGAUCUCAUCCAGCCUUGUGGCUUUAAACAUCAUCCAUGUGCCAACUCUCAAUUUUAUAUAUCUAGCUUUGGCUGCUCUCCUGAUCCCCAAAACUGUACAGGCAUACCUUGGAGAUACUGUGGGUUUGAUUCCAGACCACUGCAAUAAAGUGAAUAUCUCAAUAAAGCGAGUCAUAUGAA